AUGAUUUAUGUUGUGUAUGAUUUAAUUAAUAUUGAAAGUUAUAGUAAUUUCUUAAAAUUUUAAAAGAAAAUGAUAAGGAUGUUAAUGAAAAGAUGCUUUACAGUCUAAAUAAAAGAAUUAGAGGAAGCAGGAAAAGUCAUAAAGUUGAAUAAACAACACAAGAAAGCUGAAGUUGAAUAAUUUACUCCAAUUCCAACAUCACCUGUUCUUGGUCCAAUAAAAAUAGAGGAUCCAAAAGUUUCCAAUAAAACCUAUAGAUGGUGUUCAUGCGGAUUAAGUUAGAAAUAACCUUUAUGCGAUGGCUCUCAUUAAGGAACAUCAUUUAAGCCAUUUAGAUUUACAUUAGAAUAAGAAACUGAUUCUUUAUAAUUAUGCGGAUGCAAAUUAACCAAAAAUGUGCCAUUUUGUGACGGAUAAACUUGUGUAAAUCUUAGAAAGUAAUCUGGUUAACCAUGAGUGUUAUAAUAAAUUUAUGAAUAUCUAUAUUGCUUAUAUAA